AUGAGGCGGCUACAGCUAGUAUUCCUGGCAUUCCAUGCCCUCACCUUCUUCUCCUUAAUACCACCAACACACGCAUGGACAUUCGUCUGGAGAAACGCAACCAACGUCCCCGCCGUCGAAGAUGGCCACCACAGCCAGCCCUGCAAGCAGAUCCACAACCCGCAAGGUAAACAGUUCGAAUGGGACGCCGAAGAAGAGCCCUUCACCAUUUACCUGUACGGGAACAGCGACUGCGCCGGUACUCCCGGGGGACGGGCAACGCAUUGGCUUGGGAAAAACGCAUCGGAACCUAUUCGGUCGUUCAAGGUUGAUGAUACGCCUUCGUUGACUACAACUGUGUCGUCGGACCAGACUCCAACUACUACUACGACGACGAGUAGUGAAUCUGCGACAUCGUCUACAUCGAGCCCUUCUUCGUCCUCCUCUUCUAAAUCCUCGCUCUCUGGGGGCGCAAUUGCGGGAAUCGUGAUUGGUGUCGUCGGGGGUGUUGCGAUCAUCGGAAGUGCCUUGUACUGGUUUGGUCGAUGCCAUCAAGAACAAAAAGCUGCUGCGGGUGGAAGCAUGGGAUAUGCACCGCCAGCAAUGCCGGGUCCUGGUUUAGGCCCCUUUAAAGAGCGGGAGAAGCCGUCGACGUCCAUGACGGAAUCAUCUAUAAAUCCGGGUCCUCAACCGCCUGGUGGCACGCUCGUGGCUGAGCUUCCAGAGGGCUAUCGUGUCGUUGAGCUGAGCAAUGGGACUGCGGUUAGUGAGUUGAGUGGCAGGAAUGAGGUGAAUGAGUUAGAGAGUCCACUGGAAAGACAACGGCCGUAUACUUAA